CGGCGCAUGGAACUGCUGAUGUCACAUCUGUUUCAAUUCCCCGACUUGCACAGAAAUACCGUCACGUCGGAAAAUAAUAUUUUUUAUGAAAACGCAUUCCCGCUGACAGUAAACACGAAGUAUCUCAUCCCAUUUUGGUCUUCUACAAAUGUUUUUUUCUGGACACCGUCGGCCAUAUUGAAUAGGUCCGUUUCGGGGCUGAAGCGAUGGGUAAGGGAGGUUUCAGUGGAGACUCGUACGCUGGGAAUUACGCCUGUGCUCUGGAACAAAUGGAAUGGCUUUGAAGAGGAUGGAACAAUGGGGAGCUUCCUCUCCUCUGAGAGGACUCUUUGUUCGGCCACACAGUCGGCCAGCUUUGAUAGGUCAGUUCACUGUCACCGUGGCAGAGGGCCAGUGCCCGACUGGCCAAGCCUCUGAACCAUGAAGCUGGCAGCAGCAAAUCGUGUUGAGGCUGUGCACAGACAUGAGCUCUGCUUCGACAUGCGCCAUCUCUUUCAUGUUGCUACACGUGAUUUGAAUGCUGUGCUGGGGAUUUCUCUGGCUAAAUAUACAUUUUUUCUGUAUUUCUGCAAUAAAAUGGCUUCUGUUAAAAUUAGAAAUUUCUCUUGGACUAAGCAAUAUAAUAACUUAAAAGAGGGAUGGACUUUGAUGACGAGGAUGGAGAAGGACCAAGCAAAUUUUCAAGAGAGAACCACAGCGAGAUCGAGCGGCGCCGGCGGAACAAGAUGACCCAGUACAUCACGGAGCUGUCGGACAUGGUGCCCACCUGCAGCGCCCUGGCCCGCAAGCCCGACAAGCUGACCAUCCUGCGCAUGGCCGUGUCGCACAUGAAGAGCAUGCGGGGCACGGGGAACACCUCCACCGACGGGGCCUACAAGCCCUCCUUCCUGACCGAACAGGAGCUGAAGCACCUGAUUUUGGAGGCGGCGGACGGCUUCCUGUUCGUGGUGGCGGCGGAGACGGGCCGGGUGAUCUACGUGUCGGACUCGGUGACGCCCGUGCUGAACCAUCCGCAGCAGGAGUGGUUCGGGAGCACGCUGUACGACCAGGUCCACCCGGACGACGUGGACAAGCUGAGGGAGCAGCUCAGCACCUCUGAGAACUCCAUGACAGGGCGGAUCCUGGAUCUGAAGACGGGCACAGUGAAGAAAGAGGGCCAGCAGUCCUCCAUGCGAAUGUGCAUGGGCUCCAGGCGGUCCUUCAUCUGCAGGAUGAGGUGUGGGAGUGCACCUUUAGACCACAUCUCAUUAAAUCGUCUGUCCAACAUGAGAAAGAGAUACAGGAACGGCCUGGGACCCUCCAAAGAAGGGGAGGCGCAGUACUCGGUGGUGCACUGUACAGGAUACAUCAAAGCCUGGCCGCCUGCAGGCAUGACAAUACCAGACGAGGACUCUGAAGGAGGGCAAACCAGUAAAUACUGCCUGGUUGCAAUCGGAAGACUUCAGGUAACCAGCUGCCCGGUGUCCAUGGACAUGAACGGGCUGUCGGUGCCCACAGAGUUCCUCUCGCGCCACAACUCGGACGGCGUCAUCACCUUCGUCGACCCCCGUUGCAUCAACGUGAUUGGAUACCAGCCUCAGGACCUGCUUGGUAAAGACAUUUUAGAGUUCUGCCACCCUGAAGACCAGAGUCACCUGCGGGAGAGCUUUCAACAGGUGGUGAAGCUGAAGGGCCAGGUUCUCUCGGUGAUGUAUCGCUUCCGCAUGAAGAACAGGGAGUGGAUGCUGCUCCGAACCAGCAGCUUCACCUUCCAGAACCCGUACUCCGACGAAAUCGAGUACAUCAUCUGCACCAACACCAACGUCAAGCAGCUGCAGCAGCAGCAGCAGGCCGAGCUGGAGGUGCACCAGAGAGACGGCCUGUCGGCUUACGACCUCUCCCAGGUCCCUGUCCCCAGCGUGGGUGGCGCUGUCCACGAGGCGGGGAAGCCCAUCGACAAAUCAGAGGCCAUGUUCUCCCAGGAGAGGGAUCCCCGCUUUGCAGACAUGUACGCCGGGAUCUCAGGGCCCGAUAAAAAGAUGAUGGUCCCGUCGUCCACGGCCGGGGGGCAGCAGCUCUACUCCCAGGGGAGCCCUUUUCAGCCGGGGCAUUCUGGGAAAAGCUUCAGCUCGUCCGUGAUUCACGUUCCCGGAGUCAACGACAUCCAGCCGUCGGCCACGGCCGGCCAGAACCUGGCCCAGAUCUCCCGGCAGCUCAACCCCAGCCAGGUGGCCUGGAGCGGCAGCCGGCCCCCCUUCUCCGGCCAGCAAAUCGCCUCGCAGUCUGGCAAGGCCCAGUCCUCUCCGUUCGGCAUCGGCUCCAGCCACAGCUACCCGGCGGACCCCUCCUCCUACAGCCCGCUGUCCAGCCCGGCCACGUCCUCCCCCAGCGGCAACGCCUACUCCAACCUGGCCAACCGCGGCGCCGCCUUCGAUGUUGCAGCUGAAGGCGGGCAGAGCGGGGGGCAGUUCCAGGGGAGGCCCUCGGAGGUUUGGUCGCAGUGGCAGAGCCAGCACCACAGCCAGCAGGGCAGCGAACAGCACUCGCACCCCCAGCCCAAUCAGACCGAGGUCUUUCAGGAUAUGUUGCCGAUGGCUGGGGAUCCGACGCAGGGGACGGCCAAUUACAACAUAGAAGAUUUUGCUGACUUGGGCAUGUUCCCACCGUUCUCCGAGUAGCAGCCGGGGCAGGGACAGGAGGAACUCACAAAUCUCGCAUUUCAUCACCAUCUUCGCACCCAAGUGUGAAUACCUGAGCUCGGCGAAUGCCAGGCGUCAGGUGUCCAUCGCACACAGGAAUCAUUAACCAGUGUUCCCGGUCAGUCACUCACGUGUACUGUGUUCCAACUCUGCUUGAAAAGGACCACGUUCCAGUGAAAUCAGUAUCUACCAGGAAGAAGCGCUCGUAUUAACCUGUACGUGAUGUCAGUGUUCUGCAGAAUCUUCAAGUUCCAGGGGGAAUUAAGGCCCCUCCUGUUUCUUUCACAGAGCUUCGCUGAACCGAUUCGGGUUAUGCGAGGCCCAACAUCUUGCCAUACUUUUCUGCUUCUCGCCAGCGUUACGUGAAGCUUGCUGUGUGAAAUAUUGUAUUUGUGGCGCUCUCUUCAUAAUCUAGGUAAACUAAUUCAAAAGUUGAAGGAUGCAAUUUGCUUAAAACAUGUAAGUGAAGAUUAACUGAAGUUUUUGAAGAAGUUGCUUGUAUUAAGGUGAAGCUUUAAGUGCACUUCAUGAAGCUAAUAUCACCAGCCUCCAGGCCUUUCCAAGGGAAAAAAUACGUCAUGCAGUUAAAGCACUGCCCAGUGCAUCUUGUGUCCAUGGGGUAGUCGCAAUUCUUUGUUACAUUAUCUAAUCUUUGUGUAAAGGAAUUGGAGUAAUUUGUAGUCAGGAUAUUUUACACAUAAAAGUGUGUAUACUGUGUAGCAGUGACGAAUGAGAGAGGGAUCAUGUAUCCAAAUCCUUUUUGCUAAAUCAGAUGGAUGUUUUUUGUACAUAAUGUGAUUUUUAUGUUUACUUGGUUUUCCUAAACAUACACAGCUAUACACAUUUGUGUAGUUUUAAUAUUGUGAGCAAUGUCAGUAUGUCAGUUUAACUAUCACUCUUUUAGUUAGCUUAAUUGUACAUUGAGUUUUAGACUUGUAAAAAUUGUGUAAAUGUGAUCUAUUAUUUUUGUGUAACUUUAUAAACAAAUGUGCUUGUGUCAAUAAAUGAGUAUGUAUCUGC